GGACGCGCUCGCGGGGUGCGGAAGGCGGGGGUGCGGCGGUGGCGGGAGCGUGCCCGGUCCCCGCCCCUGUUUCCCACUCUCCUUCCACCUCCGACCGGCCGGGGCUCCGCAGAGGCGAAGCUCGCUAGUACCCGGAACCGCCCUGCUACCGCCGCCUGCUUCCUCCUCUCGCGGUGAGCCGGUCAGUCCCUGCUCUGUGCGCGCCUCCAUCUGGGCCAUGGAUGGUAGAGACGGGGUUUUACCGUGUUGACCAGGAUGGUCUCGAUCUCUUGACCUCGUGAUCCACCCACCUUGGCCUCCCAAAGUGCUGGGAUUACAGGCGUGAACCACCGCUCCCUGCCAGAAUUAUUUUUUAUGACUACAUUUUCAAAUCGGGGAUCUGACGACCUUCUUUCUUCUGGCAUCAUUAACGGACUUUUUACCAUGAACAGUUCUACUCCUUCUACAGACAGUAUAGAAGAAACUGUUCUUAUCCUAUCAUGUUGCCUUGGCACCUUAGUUGAAGACCAUUUGAAUGUCUAAUGGGAAUGACAGCAAGAAAUUUAAACGAGAUAGACCUCCCUGUUCGCCUUCCCGUGUUCUCCAUCUUCGAAAAAUUCCAUGUGAUGUCACCGAAGCAGAGAUCAUAUCAUUAGGUCUACCAUUUGGCAGAGUAACUAAUCUUUUGAUGUUGAAAGAAAAAAGGCAGGCUUUCUUAGAAAUGGCUUCUGAGGAAGCUGCUGUUACUAUGGUGAAUUAUUACACUCCUUUUACUCCUCACCUUCGAAGCCAGCCUGUUUAUAUUCAGUAUUCCAAUCACAGAGAACUUAAGACUGACAAUCUACCUAAUCAAGCUCGAGCCCAAGCUGCACUGCAGGCUGUCAGUGCCGUCCAGUCAGGAAGCCUGGCCCUUUCUGGAGGUCCUUCCAAUGAAGGCACAGUCCUACCUGGGCAGAGCCCUGUGCUUCGAAUAAUUAUUGAAAACCUCUUUUACCCUGUUACUCUGGAAGUUCUUCAUCAGAUAUUUUCUAAAUUUGGCACAGUCUUGAAGAUUAUCACCUUUACAAAGAAUAAUCAAUUUCAAGCCUUGCUUCAGUAUGCUGACCCAGUAAAUGCACAUUAUGCCAAAAUGGCUCUGGAUGGCCAGAAUAUCUAUAAUGCAUGCUGCACCCUGCGUAUUGACUUCUCCAAGCUCACCAGCCUUAAUGUGAAAUAUAAUAAUGACAAAAGCAGAGACUUCACUCGCUUAGACCUUCCUACUGGUGAUGGCCAGCCAUCCCUUGAACCUGCUAUGGCUGCUGCUUUUGGUGCACCAGGUAUAAUUUCUUCACCAUAUGCAGGGGCUGCUGGAUUUGCCCCAGCCAUUGGAUUUCCUCAAGCUACAGGUCUAUCAGUUCCAGCUGUUCCUGGAGCUCUUGGUCCUCUCACAAUCACCUCCUCUGCUGUCACUGGAAGGAUGGCCAUUCCUGGGGCUAGUGGUAUACCGGGAAAUUCUGUUCUACUCGUCACAAAUCUCAAUCCUGAUCUUAUCACACCACAUGGGCUUUUUAUCCUAUUUGGAGUCUAUGGUGAUGUACAUCGAGUGAAGAUUAUGUUUAACAAGAAAGAAAAUGCCUUGGUUCAGAUGGCAGAUGCAAAUCAAGCUCAGCUAGCAAUGAACCAUCUAAGUGGUCAGAGACUUUAUGGGAAAGUGCUUCGUGCUACACUGUCCAAACAUCAAGCAGUGCAGCUUCCUCGAGAGGGACAAGAAGACCAAGGUCUGACUAAGGAUUUCAGCAAUAGUCCUUUGCAUCGCUUUAAAAAGCCGGGCUCUAAAAACUUCCAGAAUAUCUUUCCACCUUCAGCCACUCUGCAUCUUUCCAACAUUCCCCCUUCUGUUACAGUGGAUGGUCUGAAGAACCUUUUCAUAGAAGCUGGAUGUUCAGUGAAGGCUUUUAAAUUCUUUCAGAAAGAUCGCAAAAUGGCGCUCAUUCAGUUGGGAUCUGUGGAAGAAGCAAUUCAGGCCCUCAUUGAGCUUCAUAACCAUGACCUUGGAGAAAAUCACCAUCUCAGAGUUUCCUUCUCAAAAUCUACAAUCUGAGAAUUUUUCUCUUUUCUGUGAAUUUUUCUCCUAAAACUGGACCAUAAUUUCAGUAAAACCUUCAGACAUAGACUGAAGCAGUUCACAACCAAUUUUGCCUCUUUCACAAAAAUAACUCUGAGUUUGAUAUUCAAGUAUAUUUUAAAAAUCAAGGGAUAUUCUUUUUUUCUAUCCCCUCUUCCCCACCACUGCCAGUCAAAGGUUUCUUUUCCCUUUGUACCAUGGUUUCUAUGAAAAUAACCUUCAGGAAAAAGAAAAUCAGGAAAAAAUGUUUUUUAAAUAAUUGUAUUCCCUAUAUUAAAUUAGAUUUGAAGAGGAUUAACUGUGUUUUAAUUUGGGUCCAGAUCAGCCUUAUACAACAUUUCCAAACUCCUUUGUAUACUUUUAAAAAAUUUAAACACUCAGACUUCUAAAAUUACUUGAUGGAAGUAAUUUAAAUCGCUUAUGACCAAGUUAUUGACCUUAUGAAUCAGAAGUCUGACCCUUGUAGGAAAUUCUGUUCACUUAUAAAUUACAUCAGAUCUUUGCCAUAUAUCAAUGGUUAUUAUGCAUAAACACAUUGAAUUGUGUGGCAGCAGAUUUAUAAACCUGCAUGUUUUCUUUCAAUGUUAUCUUUUUUUCCCUGUAAGACACUCCUUUAAAUAAUGCCUAUCUUUAACUUUUUAAGACUAUUUGGAAAAACGAAGUGUCUCAGCUGUUCCCAGGGAAAUUAAGUGGAAUCCAACUAGGAUCUGUUAAGAAGAUGUCAGAAUAACUAAUAAUUUUAUCAGGAAAAAAGUGUUUUAAAUUUCAAAUGAUACUUACUUGUCAAGUAAUAUGAUCUUAGAAAAUUUUAAAGAAAAUAAUUCUACUUAUAAACUACUUUUUUAUAAUUGUUUUCAGAAAAAAGUUUACAGUCUUAAGGAAAAUAUUCAGGUCUAUCAUAUGGUUUGACAGAUUUUUUAAAAGUUAUUUUUGGUAAGGUCUUCUUUUAGAAAAAAAUUAAUCUCAAGGGUUUUUUGUACCACUAUAAUCUCUAAUACUCAAAAUUACUGUGUAUUUACUUAAUUUCUUCUUAUGUGCCUUAUUAUGUGCUUGAGAUACAGUAGGUUAGAGUUUAAUCUAGAUAUCUGGAAAGCUAUAUUGCGGACUCCAUAAGCAUUUUGUUUUUUCUUUCUCUUUUGGUAAGGUUUUAAAAUUUUUUUAAUUGCAAUUUUAAGUGGUUUUCAGUAAGUAAUAGUUUUUAUCAAAUUUUUGGUGCUUGGUGCAGAGAUGGUGUGGGGAAGGGUGAAUGGUUUGGGGAAUAAUUCAGUGCACACCUGUAGGCCUCUUUACAUUGUGAUUAAUAGGUGUUGUUGCCAGUUAUUAUUGCAUAUCAAUUUGGGGCUGUAGAGUGCAAUGUCAGUUUCAUCUUUAUCACCCAUCAGAAUUUGUCUCAGGAUUGCUUGGUUUUUCUCAAUACUCAAGGGAGAACUUAAUUUUCUUUGUUAAUGUAACUUUAUUACUGAGUGCCCACAUACUUGGAGUAUGAGAGGGUGGGUUAUUUCUCAUACUCUGUCCCUCUCUUUUUGGUUGAAUGUAAGAGUACAUUUUAAUGUUGCUUCAGUGAUUGUAUAAUGUAAAAUUGUUUCUUUUUAAUAAGAAACUUUGCUAUUAUUCCUUCAAUUCUUUUUUUUUUGGAGACGGAGUUUUGCUCUUUUUACCCAGGCUGGAGUGCAAUGGCACAACCUCGGCUCACCACAACCUCGGCUCACCGCAACCUCCGCCUCCUGGGUUCAGGCAAUUCUUCUGCCUCAGCCUCCUGAGUAGCUGGGAUUACAGGCACGCGCCACCAUGCCCAGCUAAUUUUUUGUGUUUUUAGUAGAGACAGGUUUUCACCUAUGUUGACCAGGAUGGUCUCGAUCUCUUGACCUCAUGAUCCACCCGCCUCAGCCUCCCAAAGUCCUGGGAUUACAGGCGUGAGCCACCGCGCCCAGCCAUUCCUUCAGUUCUUAAUCAGAAUUUUUUAAAGCAGAAUUUGUCAAAAGGGUCAUUUUUGUCUACCCCUUUUACAGUUUUCAGAUUCUCAAAGUGACUCAUCUCAACUUUUAAAAGCAUACAGAACAUCUUCCUGGGUAUGGUGGUGUGCACCUGUAGUCCCAGCCACAGGCGAGGAGGAUCACUUGAGCCCGAGGAGUUCGAAGCUGCAGUGUGCUAUGAUCACAUUUGUGAAUAGCCACUCCACUCCAGCCUUGGAGCAUAGUGCGACCCCUUCUCUAAAAAAUACAAAUGUAAAAAAAUCUCAAUCUCUUUUCUAUAUUCUAGUGAUUAAUUAGAACAUAGGGAGGUUUUUUACAGUAGAAAUUUUACCAAAAAAUAGAGACUGCAAGAGAUGAUACAGAUUAUUUAAAAAAGCAGAAUUCACUCACCACUGAGCAACACUUAGUUGGUAGAACAGAAAAGAGCAUACUAAAUUAAGACCUUUCUAAUGGAUCAGUUUCCCCGAAUAGAUAGGUAUAAUUAUGUAUAUAGUUGUGGGGUUUUUUUGUUUUUUUUUUUUACUUAGGAAAUAAAUUUUUACCUAGACACAAGGGGUGUAUGAAGGAGGAAAAAGAUUUCUUUGCAAAAUCUCCCAAAAUUUGCUUCCCUCCUCCCCACCCAGGCACUAUUUAUAAUUUUCAGUGCCAUGCUAAAUUGGAUUAUUUCAUUUACUUUAAGUUAGGAAUUAUUGUGUAAUUUAUUAAUUCAUGAUUCUUACAACAUUCAGCAUAAGUGUAGCAAAAGUUGCUAAUAACAGAAGGGAGAUCAUAAUGGUGUUGAAUGUAAUUUUGAAGUAGGGAAUGGCCUUCAAGUCUGAGAGAGAACAUUUGAAUCCUUUUCAGGGAUUUGUGUAGGGGUGUGUUUGUGUGUGUGUGUGUGUAGAUAAGUGUAUAUACAUAAAUACACUCUUCUAAAGUUGUAUAUACAUAUGCACAUUACAUACAUUUUAAUUUAUUGACAAAAUUAACCAAAUUAAGAUUUGGAGAUGUGGGAUGUUCUUGUUUUAAAAUAGCAUGUUUGAAACCAUCAGUUUAUGUCUAAAAUUAGCUGUAGCACAUGGAUGUUGUCCAUAUUUAGCUAUUCGCUGUUUGAAUUACAGUAUUUGUGUUGGCAUAGUUUUUAUAAAAAGAUUAAAAAGUAUCAGGAUGGUGGAAAAACUAGAACUGUGUAUUUCUGUUUUGGCAUGCAUUUAUUCAGUAUCUUGUAGCAAUGGUUGAUUUUUUUCUCUGUUGAUCUACCAUAGUAUCCUAUUUUUAAGUUUAUUUGCUUUAUUUUAAGGAGUAUUGUCAUCACUUUUCAAGAUGUCUUGACUUCUACACAAAGUAUAUAUAUUCAGGACUUUAAAAAAUAGCAGUACACAUUUAACAGUAGCAAAUUACAUCAUAAUGAUUUAUUUUGAGAUCUGAAUAAUUUGCAUAGCAAUAAAAUGUGUUUUAUGUAACAUACAAAUAGAAAAAUGACCCAGUAUCUUAAUUGCUACUUACUGGAGAGUAUCAGAAUUACUUCUGGAGAGUAUCAGAAUUGCUACUUACUGGAGAGUAGCCCUUACAUAAUGCCAUAAAUACUUUAAGACUAAAUAUUAUAAUCAGUUAUUUGAAGUAAUGUUUCUGAUUUACUGUUAAACGUUGCCGUUGCCGAGCUCAGUUUUUGGAGAUACAGUUUCUGCCUACCUGUUUCCUUAUGAGAAUGAGACCUCUUUUGGCUCCAGCUAGUAUGAUGAUCAUGGGUUCUGCUUUAGUUGCUAAGAAGUGGCUCCUAUGACUGCCUCUGUUCAGUUUCUUUUUUUAAAUUUUUUUUUGGGGGGAAGUCUCGCUAUGUUGCCCAAACUGAUCUCCAACUCCUGGGCUCAAGUGAUCCUCCUGCCUCCGACUACUGAUAGUGCUGGGAUUACAGGCAUGAGCCACCACGCCUGACUCUGUUCUUUUCAAAGUCUCCAUGCCAUCAGUCAGCAAUGCUUAUAUGUUUAGCAUAUUGUCAUGCCGUUUAUCUUCUGUUCCCACUAGAUAUUUUUGGAUAAAAAAAUGACAAACUCAAAAGUAUGGUCUUUUUCCCCACCUAUCUCUUAGAAAACCUAAUAUGUACUGCUAUUUUUAAAACCAAAAAGAGACAGCAUGACGACGUGUAAAGCAUUUUUCUUAAGCCUUUCCUUUGUCUUGAUCUGUUGUUAACGAGAACAAAACUGCCAGACUUAAAAUACUCAACUAUUGUGCUAAAAGAAAUACAACUUAGAUUGCACAAAAUCAGAAAAUAUAACUCAGCUGUCUUUUAAGAUUGUGUUGUUAUCUACAAGACUAUUAGCAGUCUUUUUUCAGAGCAAAUUUUAACAGCUAGUUGUGAAUGGUUUAAAAAAUAGAAAAUUAUUAAAAUCUUAGUUUGAGGGGUUUUAUAGUGGGAGAAAAAACAGGACCAAAGUUUAUGUGCCUUCUUCAGUAGUCUUAAUUGACCUUUUCUUCCUAUUUGAGACUAAAAUAGUAUCAGUAUUCUGGUUUUCAGGAAAUAUGUAUUAUAUAGUUUUAAAAGAAUGUUGUCCCGCCAACUAUUCAUCCAAGCAAAGAAUUGUAACUGUAUAAAUGAAGUCUCAGUUACACUUUUGCCUUUAUCACAUAAUAUUCAUUAUAGAGCAUUGUGCAGGUCCAAGAAUAGAGCUGCUCAAAAUCUUUGUGGUAGUUUCCUUAGUUUUUGUAUUCUGAGGCAUAUGUUCCAGAGAACAGGGAUAUUUGUCUGGUCCAGUAACCUUGGUGAUCAUAGUCAUAAUCAAAAGCUGCCUACGGCAUGCUUAAAUCAGCACUGUCACCUGGUUUGUUGUUGUUGUAUUAUUUUCACUUCUUGGAUCUAUGUAGUAGUUGUAAUAACAAAUAUUUAAAUAGCUAUUUUUUUGAUGCCAUUAAAAUCAUACUCUGGCCUUUUUUCCCCCUUGCCAUUGCUUCCCAGAUCUUUUAAAAAUUCAUCCCAUAUCCAGAAAGUACCAAUUAAAAAGAUUGCUGACCAAGCAAAGCUUUGCAUCAAAAUGUCACCUCAUUGCUCUGACCAAAGACUGACUGUUCUGGUUUUAACUCCUCUCUGUGAAGCAUUUUCCCCAAGCUCCUUUCUGAAAGAAGACCCAGUGCAGAGCGGCCUUUACUUUCUAUUUCCUACUGGUGAAUAGACUACUUAGAGAAAAUGGGAGUUUCAGUGUGAACAGAAUGGAUUAGGAUGACAAGAGUUUGAUGGGCAUUUUCAGUACUGUAUUUAAGAAAAAAAAAAAUAGCACAGCUAGGAGCCUCUGACAUUGUCUGGUGUUUUACGUGGUCUGUUCAUAAAAAUUCCCCUUUUCAGUUUGUAAGAAUGAAACUGCUAACAGAAGAAAAUGCUGUAAAUAUUUGUAACAACAUUUUUUUUUAACAAGGCCAAAAAAGACAAAAAGGUUUUUGGGAACAAAUGAACUUAUAAAGUGGUUUUAUAUAAAACAUCAAUUGUCUUGUAUAUUUUGGAUAAACAGCAGUACCAGCUUUCAUUUGUAACAGAGUUUGUGGCAUUGGAAAAAAAGGAUUCUGUGAUUGUUGAAGUGAAUUAUGUUAUAAAUGCAAAGAAGAUAAAAUAUUAAAAAACAUAUUUUCUAAA